AUGGAUGGGGUGGUGGGAGGUGUGGGGACGCCCAGUAGUGGAGGAGGGUCCGGAGGUGACAGUCUCCCCCGACGUAACGGAGGGGAGUCAAAGAGGCGCAGUAAGGGCAGCAUCCCCUCGCCAGGCUACAGGCUGUCCCAGGCGUCCCUGGAGGGGGAGAAGGCUUCUUUCGGGGGGGACGCGGCCCCCUCGGGGGGACGCGGCCGGCGCCUCUCCAUCGUCAGCUCCGGCCUCCCUUUCCGCACGGCUGGCACGCCGACCACUCCGGUGCCCCUCGUUCACCCUACGCCCCGCUCUGUGGGUUUCGCCACCUCCCGCGCCGCCUUCGCCUCCACCUCCUCGUCCACGGGCACGGGGGUUAUGGUGGUGGCCACCGGCCCCGAGACCACCACCACCACCGCGUGCAACACUACGGCGGCGGGGACGCCCGAGACGUUAGGACCGUCAGCACUAAUGGGCGGGUUUGGCAUGGGGCUGGACGGGGAGGACUACAGCCAGUCCAACCAGAGCACCUUCAUCCAGAGGCAGUUCGGAGCCAUGCUGCAGCCCGGGGUCAACAAGUUUAGCCUGCGCAUGUUCGGAUCCCACAAGGCUGUGGCUCUGGAACAGGAACGACUCAAGUCAGCCGGCUCGUGGAUCAUACACCCCUACAGCGACUUCAGGUUCUACUGGGAUCUGCUAAUGCUGGUUCUGAUGAUGGGCAACCUGAUCGUACUGCCGGUGGGCAUCACCUUCUUUCGAGAUGAGAACACAGCAUCGUGGAUCAUCUUUAACGUGGUGUCUGACACGCUCUUCAUGGUCGACCUGGUCCUCAACUUCCGCACGGGGAUCGUCAAGGACGAUAGCACUGAAAUACUGCUGGACCCCCGGGCCAUCCGCCAGAAGUACCUGAAGAGCUGGUUCCUGGUGGACUUUGUGUCCUCCAUCCCCGUGGACUACAUCUUCCUGAUGGUGGACAGUCUGGACUCUGAGGUGUACCGGACAGCCCGGGCCCUGCGCAUCGUCCGCUUCACCAAAAUCCUCAGCCUGCUGCGGCUGCUGCGCCUCUCUCGACUCAUACGCUACAUCCACCAGUGGGAGGAGAUCUUCCACAUGACGUACGACCUGGCCAGCGCCAUGGUGAGGAUCGUCAAUCUGAUCGGGAUGAUGUUGCUUCUGUGCCACUGGGACGGCUGCCUGCAGUUCCUAGUGCCCAUGCUGCAGGACUUCCCGCCAGACUGCUGGGUCUCCAAGAACCUGAUGGUGAAUGACACGUGGGGCGUGCAGUACUCGUACGCCCUCUUCAAAGCCAUGAGCCACAUGUUGUGCAUAGGCUACGGCGCCCAGGCCCCAGAGGGAAUGACCGACGUGUGGCUCACCAUGCUUAGUAUGAUUGUGGGCGCCACCUGCUACGCCAUGUUCAUCGGCCACGCCACCGCACUUAUUCAAUCGCUGGACUCAUCGCGGCGCCAGUACCAGGAAAAGUACAAGCAGGUGGAACAGUACAUGUCCUUCCACAAGCUUCCUGCAGACGUGCGUCAAAAGAUCCACGAGUACUACGAGCACCGCUUCCAAGGGAAGAUGUUUGACGAGGAGAAUAUUCUGGGAGAACUCAGCGAGCCGCUUAAAGAGGAGAUUGUGAGCUUUAACUGCCGCAGCCUGGUGGCCAACAUGCCGCUGUUCGCCAACGCCGACCCCAACUUUGUGACCGCCAUGCUGACCAAACUUCGCUUCGAGGUCUUUCAGCCGGCUGACUUCAUCAUCCGAGAGGGAACCGUGGGGAGGAAGAUGUACUUCAUCCAGCAUGGACGCGUCAGCGUGCUCGCCCGAGGCAACAAGGAGACAAAACUAAGCGACGGCUCUUAUUUUGGAGAAAUCUGUUUGUUGACUCGAGGGCGGAGGACGGCCAGCGUGCGUGCAGAUACAUAUUGUCGUUUGUACUCGCUCAGUGUGGACAGCUUUAAUGAGGUGCUUGAGGAGCACCCGAUGAUGCGGCGGGCUUUCGAGACCGUCGCCGUCGACCGAUUGGACCGUAUUGGCAGGAAGAACUCUGUGCUGCUGAGGAAGUCAUCUCAAGGCGGUUCACUCGGAGGCAGUUUGGGCCGUGGCGGGGGGCGGGGUGGAGGAGGUCCGGGAGCAGGCGGUGGCCUGGCAGCGGGUAGUCUGGGCUCCUGCGACAGCAUACUGGUGCAGCAGAUUGUCAAGCACGACAGCAUGCCAGCCAUGCAGGACGCCAUCGCAGCAGCCGCAGCAGGAAGAAGCGGCGUCAUGGGAGGGAGUGGCGCGAUGUCCCCCAGGCCUUGCCCCGUCAUCUGGGCGCCACUGGUGCACGCCCCCCUGCAGACGGCCGCUGCCACCAGUAAUGUGGCCAUCGCCCUCAUGCACCACCAGCAGCAGCAGCAGCAGCAACAGCUCCAGCAGUUGCAGCAGCAGCAUGCACUAGGGGGCACUUUCUUCCUGCCCUCCCCUCUUAUCUCGCCAUCACCCUCCUCUUCGUUUCCUCUCUCGUCUCCUCGUGCUCCUACCUUGCAACCCCUGCGCCCCUCUGUCAGCUCCCUCAUCGGAAUGAUGGCAAUGAGUGGGAUGGGAGGUUUUUCCCCCAGAGCCUUCCCUUCCUCACCCUCCAACAUGGGCUCACUCGGCGGGUUGACGUCCCCACCUGUGGCCAAAACUCCACCCGCCGCAGCCUCCUCUGUGUCAGUCCAACAAGGAAGGACUCUUCAUUACAACCUGCGCCUCCAGGCUGAUCAUCCCUCAGUACUUGAUGGCUCUCUUGUCAUCCCAACCGUUGGAGGAGCAUCAACUCCACCCGUACCCAAGAUGCAGACCACCAGCCCUUCUCCCGCCUCUGUUGUUCCAUUAGACAGCAGCACUACUGUGACUAACCAGAAAGGUGCAAAAGAAGCUCUGCUGCGCCAUGGGGGAAACAGUUGUCAAGGCCUGCCUGCAUUAGGCAGACUCACCCAGGAGGCUAGGCUGCUUUCUGCAUCACAGCCCACUCUGCCUCACCGCUCCUGGGCUGGAUUGCAGCCUCACCCCCCUCUCCAUCGGAAGGCCUCUGGGGGGAAUUUGCUGGCAGCUCCUUUCCUGGCAGGGCAGUUAGCUAGAGGUGGCAGUGCGGGAAUACUGACCUCCAACCCUCCGGUGCAGCCUGUGGCAAAUCGUACAUCCAAUCCACAAAUACAACCGCCUAUUCAGCCCACUAUGUAUGCAAAAUGUGCCCCUCACACUGCCCCUUUGCCCAUCUCCUCAUCUCCAUAUAUGCCUUCUGCAGCUUCCUCUCCAAAGCAAACACCAUCUGCCACCCCUUCACCUGUGCCCACUCCCUCAUCCCCAACACCCAUGCCCUUGCAGACACCCCGCCCAAAACCAACUCUAACCGCACCUUCCCGCUCGUCUUCGCCGCCUCCCUGCCACACACCUCCCUUGACAGGAACCACCCCACUAUCACUCACUUCAUCUCCACGCCCCAAACCAAUUGCCACCCCUUCUCCCCACUCUUCAUCUUCCUCGCCCUCCUCCACUCCUCCUCCAUCGUCUGUUUCAACUCCAGUUCCACUGCCUCAAACAUUUGGUCAUAAGUCAUCUCUUAGUUCCUCACCCCCAUCGCCUGUGGUUGCUAUGUCCACAACAACCUCCCAAGGUGCCCGGGUCAAAGCAUCCAAUACGCUGCCCACUGCUUCACCAUUGUCUGGUCCCGGCCCAGAACCAACCCCAAUCACCUCUCCAAUUCUCACACAGGGGGUGCGCACACAUCCAUCAACCGCUUCUCAAACACUAACACCUGUUUUCUCCCAAACUCCUACCCAGACACUCGCCCCACCUUCGCCACCUACAUCCAACCCUUCCAUAAGUAAAUCCCCAAGUCCAACCUCAUGUAUGCAGCCUUCCAUCUUUAGUUCCGCCAGGACCCUGUCCUCCAGCCAGAUUCCCAAAUCUGUGUCAUCUCUUACUUCAAACCCUGCCCCAGCGAGCACAAGCUCCCCCACCAAAGUACGGUUCACGGUUCACCCCGUAAAGCAAACCCCUCCCAUACUCACCCCUAGCACCACAUCAUGUUUGAAUCGUCCUUCAAAGUCAAGCCCAGUCUCAACAAAGCCCCCCUCUCAAGCCACCACAUCUCAGAUCGCACCAAGCUAUCCCUCCAAACUCAAUUCACCCUCGCAGCCUUCCACCGUUCAAUCACCACAUACCACUACCCCAGCUAACAACACCUCCCCUAAAAUGGGCAAAAAUGACCCCCAGCUGCCAGUGACCAGAAAAGACUCAGAGGGGCUGAGACACAAACUGCCUGCCAACAUGUAAAAGAAAAACGAAGAGGAAGUAGCUCUUGCUGGCUGGCAGAACACUGACAUACUGACAGAUAUCCAGUCUCAUGUGGACAGCUUCAUGGUGUUUGCAUUCAUGCUAGGAUGUGAUCGACUUAGAACAUCACGUGCUUGUGUGACUCAACCAGACCACUCAUCAAGAAAACAGGCAAUAUGUGUACAUGCAUAAAUAUGUCAAGCAAGC